UCGUCGAGAAAACUAGCCUGUCCGAAGGAAGUCUUCCUUGUCCGUUACGUUAUCAAUCAUCGUCCACACAGAGACGAUUCGCGAGUCGAGAUCAGAAAAAGAUGCUCUCAAGGAUGCAGCAAGGGAUCGUAUCGUACUGUAUGUUUCUGGUGGUCGUCGGUCUUUUCGUAUCGUCGACGCCCUCGACGGACGCCGCGCCUCAACAGAGCUACUGGAGCCAGCUCGAGGAAGAGGACCCGGAAGCGCUAAUGGAGAUAAUCGCUCGACUCGGUCACACGAUGAUGCGCAACUCGGAAGUCGAGAACAACAAACGAGGCUUGGAUCUGGGCUUGAGCCGCGGAUUCAGCGGAUCGCAAGCGGCGAAACAUUUGAUGGGAUUGGCGGCAGCUAAUUACGCCGGUGGACCAGGACGACGACGCCGUUCCGAACAACCGUAGAGUUAAAGGCAUUCCCAUUAGCUAGAUCGCACGCAUCUCCCGACCUCGAGCUCGAUCUUCGUCAAUGUCCAUUCGCGUUCGUUCGUACCUUUGUUCGCGACACGCUAAUUGGUUCUUUUCUGCCCGCGCGAAUUACACUCGCAUACUUUCCACGUUCUCGCGCCCAUUCCGCUCCUAUAUCUCGUGUCCGGGGCAAACUCCGCAUGCGAAUAAAGCGUCCAUUUUCGGGCCAGCCUGCGCGCCUGCCAAACAAACGUUCCUGUUACGUCUUCGACUACCGAUUAGUAUACCGUAACCAUGAGCUCGUUACCGUUCUCGUCGAAAUCCCCUUCGACCAUUACUUUUGCACCCCUUUUGCUGAAUUUCAACGCCACCCCCCGCGUUCUCCGCGUGUGCGUGCGUGCGCAUGCAAGAAUGAGGCGCAGGGCUUGGAUGGGAUCAAACAACGUUGGCGCGAUAUGAUAAUUGUAGAUUCGAUUGCGUUUUAGGUGUACGUUAUCUCUUUGAAAGUCGACGCGUUUUACCAUUUUCUUGAUCGAUCGUUGCAACUUGAUUUUUUUUCUACUGCGAAGAGGAUUAUUAUAGGAAUGUUUCGUUGUGCGAAUAGAACAGUUCGUCCGUGGCCAUCGCCGCGCCGAGUACUAAUCGUUUGUUCUCGAUUAUUCUUUCGUACCGAGUCGUCCUCGAACGCAUACACGCGUGUCGACACCUGCAUAACCUGGUACACGUAUAUUCGGAAUUAGCGAGAAUACGAGCAACGAACGUCCACGUUUUCAUCUCGAACGAACGAACAAACAAACGAGCACGGUACUAACGAUGGUUACGGUUAAUUGAAAGGCACAAGUUACGCUACACGCGGUCUAUGCAUUACAAUACAACUCUGUCUACAGUACCUUCAACUGAUUGCGAAUAAAC